AUGCGAGUCUCUGCCGAAAACCUGGACUUGGAACCUGCCGUAUAUCUCAGGGAGGGAAGUGAUUUGAUGGCGCAGUUGAGAGAUCAACUCAUCAUGCUCCCAGAGAUUGAGGAACUGACCCCAGAAUGUAACAUCGACGAAGCUAAUGUUGGAGUUCCAGGAGUCACAACCCCGGAGAUGGAAGCCAAGAUGAGAGGGAUCCUGAAACGCCACCGCAGCAUCUUCCUGGGAGACGGCAAUGCAGCUCCAGCCCCGGCUAGGGGCGUAGUGUGUGAUAUCGACGUUGGAGAAGCAAAACCAAAGUUGUUGGAGGCAGAGCUCAUUGAGCACUCAGAGUCCGAGUGGUCAUCUCCUAUUGUAAUUGUGCUGAAGAAAAACGGCAUAGACAUACGGAUGUGCAUUGAUUACCGGCUGCUGAAUCUGCUCAUAAAGUUAUAUCGCUACCCUUUACCUUGA